GGGGCUUUCUCCCCCGGUUCUCCCCCCCAGUUUACCUUCUGACGAGCCUGUAAUGGACUACUCCAGUUCCCUCUGCAGCCGCUCGGAUCUGGAGAAACCUUGCGCAUUUUUACCUUCACUUAUUUUCCCAAUCAAGUAAGCAGGAUGGCUGAAAAAGACCCCGAAUCGCCUGCUGGGAGACUAAAUACAUUUUUAUAGCCAGCUUUGGCUCCCCCCCCCCCCGGAAUAUCCGAAAGGACAGUUUCUCCCCCAACUUUUCUCGCUGUGGAUAAUGGAUGGCCGAGAUUUUGGACCUCCCCGAUCCGUCCACGUACCACCUCCGUUGUUGGCGGGGCUUGCGAUGGAGUCUCACCGACUCGGAGCAGCGACCGCAGCCGGGAGAAUCCCCCCCUCGCCCGGCCACCUAGGCGCGGGUCAUCCGUCGUCUCUUCACUCCGGGAAAUUCUUGCCAUCGGCCAUUAACCUCAACCCACACCACGGCGAUGCCUUCUCAGCAGGCUCCGGUCCCUUCCUAUCCGGCUACCCAGGACCCUCCCCGUUGACCUCCGACCCAACCUACAGGGCAACCAAUCCUAGCAGUUUGCAGAUGGCUCAGCUUUGGGCCUCACAUGCCCACGAAGGGUACCCCCAUCUGCCAAGUAACCUGUACCCGAGUCCCUACCUGCCCCUGGGGCACCUAGACCACCCCUCCCUCUCUCAGCACCCUCUCUACGACUCUCACAAAGAGAGCUUCUUCUUCCCUGCCUCCAUGAGUCAAUCGCCUCUCCACCCUCCAUCUACACCGUUAUCUGCCCCGUCCAGCGCUACACCUCCGCAGAAGACGUCUCGGGACGGGGGCCGGGACAGGCCUUACCGCGGGGAGCGAGAGAGGGAGCGAGACAGAGAGCGGUCGAGAGAGGAGCAGCGGCCGCACAGCGUUGUGGACCUGACUCAGGACGGGAGGAGUGAGGAGGACAAGAGGGCCAGGAGUGGAGAGAGAGAACGCGAGAAAGAGAGGGAGAGGGACCGUGAACGGGAGAGAGAGAGGGAGAGGGAGCACAGCUGGUCCUUCCAUCCUCAUCCUCAGAUCUCCCACAACCAGCAGCAACUGCAGCUGCACCCUCAGCCUUCUACUGCUCAAGGAGAGCACAAAUCCAGACCUCCCCCCUCUCAGUCCUUCUUCCCUCUGGGUGGGGGAGGAGUUGUGGGACGGUGCUUUGGCCUGGAGACGGACAGGGCGGGGCGGGAGGAAGAAGGCAGCUCCGGCGCCCACCAAAACAGUAACUCUAAUGCCAACUCCAGUAGCUCAAACUCCUUCCCGGCUCCCCAUGCAGACAGAGAAAGACAGAGGAGGAGCGACUCUGUGGCCACAUCAGCAGGGACCCUCCACAUCUCUUACGGCCUCCCUCCCUUGCUUCAGCCCUCCGCCGCAGGCUUGCCUCCCCUGCCCCACCCAUCCACACCCAGAGAACCUACAAGAGAGCAGCGAGUGAGUGCGCCCACAUACGUGCCUUCCGUGGAGGUUUAUGACGAGCGGGCGGGGCCCAUCCAGAUUGCCUCACAAGCCCGUGACAACAAACACAACGACAAACACAGAGACAGAGACAGAGACAGAGACAGAGAUAGAGAUAGAGAUAGAGACAGGGAACGAGAGCGUGAAAGAGAGAGGGAGAGAGAGAGCUUUCGGUUUUCUGAGAGGAGCUUAAUGGAGCAUUCUCGCCUCUCCCAGGCUGUUGAGUCUAUCAAUCAAAGAGAGGAGGGCUCUGUCAUUCGCUCUAAUGGUUCUGUUGGUAAACGUGCCCAGGACGUGGCCUUUUCCUCUAGCCAAUCACGGUAUAGUCCAGACCCCAGGGACACACCCAAACACUCAGUCCGAUUGGGCGUGGAGUCUAAGUGGAAUAACAUCAACCCAUUGACCAACUAUUCUGCCAGUCACAUGGUUGCCCAGCAUGGACACACACUACCUUCAGCGCCCCCAUCAAACCCACCCCAUUCUCCCCAAAUACCCCUUGGUGCUCCACACCAGCAAAACCAUAAGUCCCACUCUUCCCACAGCCAGUCCCCAAACACAAAUCCACCCCAACACGGACACACACACCCCUCUCUCUCUCAGCCCAGCCCGACUGGGCGUGGAGCUGAGGAGGGGGGUCAAAGGCGCUACCUGGAUCCUUCACCACUCUAUCGGCCUGGGAGUUCAUUGCCGGGAGGCCAUGGGAACGGACCACGAGGAGGAGUGACAACCUCGGAUCUCACUGAGGUUUCAGCCAUGCAGAGUCUGAUCAAGUACAGCGGAAACUUUCCGGCCGAAAGCGCCGGGUCCUCCAGGCAUGCCACGGACAGCCGAGGACCCUUUGGGGGGCUAGGUUGCAUUCGGCUGGAUAGUGAAAGAGAGAGAGAGAGAGAAAGGGAAAGGGAGAAAGAGCGAGAGAGAGAAAAAGAGAGGGAGCGAGACAGGGAGAGGGGCGGAGGGGCGUUGAGGGUGCCACCUCAGCUGAAGAGAGAACAGGAGCGCCCGGACAGUGCCCGGUCAUUUGGGCGGGAGGGCGAAGGGGAGGUGCGCCACCCACCUGUCGGCAUUGCGGUUGCAGUGGCCAGACAGAGAGACAGCGGAAAUACCAGUAAACAGAGCAGCGGACCCUCCGACACACCGAGACCCCUGCUGCAAACAACCAUCAAAGAUGAAGAGCGAGUGGAGGAACGUGCACGUCACCAUGACGACAGGCUGCUGGUUGGUCGGUUGGAACGUGAGCAGGAGAAAGUGCUCAGAGAGUCCAAGGAGCUGGCAGAGUUCACGCAGAUGCACCCUGCUCCCUUGUCCAGUGGCCUGACACCCAGCCUAAUGACCCCAAACCUCAUGGUGACGGGAGGGGCAGGGCGCUGGCCUGCAGACCCCUCAACUCUGACCUCUCACCCCUGGAUGCCACGCCCUGGAGCACCCCCAGUCUGGCUCCCUGGGUCGCCUUACAGCCUGGGUCCUUCCUCGCUCCACCAGACCCUUCCUCCAGGCUACCCCACCUCUUUCAACAGCUCGAUUCCCCCUCCCUACCAGUUUGCAAGGGAUCCCCAGUCUGGACAGCUAAUAGUCAUUCCUACUGACCACCUUCCUCACUAUGGAGGUGAUGUUCUGGAGCGCGGCGCCCCAAUGUGGUCGGGGGUGUAUGGUGCAAGUAGUUCGCUGCAGCACGCUGCCCAGGCCCAGCUCCAGCUUCUCUCCCAGCAACAGAUGCUUCGGCAGCACGAACUUCUCAUGAUCCAGCAGCACACGGCUCAGGUCCUGGAGCUCCAGAGGAAUGCACAGCUGGUGGAGCGUUUAAAGGCCAGCGAACACAGGCCCGAGCUAGAGGAGAAAGCCGACAAAAGGAACUCUGAACCAAAGCCCCAUCCGUCUUCUAUCUCCUCCCCCUCCCCCAUCCUACACCCCCGCAAACUUCCCCGUCCCUCUCGCUCGCCGACCCCUUCCACCUCCUCCCUUACCCCCAUGCCACCACUCUCCUCUCCUGUAACCACUCUCAAGUCAGAGGAGGGGGCACAGAGAGUGUUGUCUCACCCCCCAACACCCCUGCCUCACCCACCUUCCCCCCGCUCAGCCUCUCCUCCCCCCUCCUCGCCACGCCGGCCCAAACAGGAGGCGACAGAGGAUUUGGAGGUGGAGAGGAGAGAGCAGACGGAGGGGCAAAAGCAGGCCACGGCCUCCUUUCAGGGCAUCUACCCAGACCUCCCUCCAGGUUACCCUUAUCAGUCCAUCACCGGUCCGUUCAGCUCCGCAUUUCCCUCCUACAACCUUCCACCUCCCACAGGGGCUAGCACAGAACCUGUCCCAUCUCACCGCACACACUCUCCGGCCACAGGUGCCCCCCUCCCCGCAGUCCACCUCCAUUCCAGGCCACAGGAUGCAGAUGUCAAGCCCCGGGGCCUAGAGCCUACCGAAUCGGGACCUGCUCUUAAACAAGAACCAGACCUGGAGCAAACCAAGCUGGGUAGGACUCCAUCAUCUCUUGGGCCACUUCACCGGAGCUGUAGCCCCAUCUUAGUCACUCAGAAGAUGGAGAGAGAUGAGGAGGUAACCCAGCAAGCACAGCCUCUGUCUUUGCACGUUCCAAGUCGUCAGCCCCAACAAGCUGGGACAUUAGAAGAUGCAAAUGAGGAACAGAAAGAAGGAGGGGAAAUUAAAAUGGAGGCAUCAUCGUACCCCUGUCAGGUACCAUAUCCUCUCCCGGGUCCUGCCCUGGAAACGGAGCCCAAAGUAGAGGUCGCCGAAGAGACUGAGAAAACGCACUAUCCAUCGUGUGUCAUCAUGAGUGCAGACAGACAGGAAGCCACAGUGGCUCAGAUGUGUGCACUACCAGAGCAAACCAGCAGUGUUGUGUGUGAGGUCCAACAGCCUGACACACUCAUAAACACCCACACUCCUGGUGAGAAAGAAAAUGGCCCUGAAUCUCCCCUUUACCCUGCCCCCCCUUCCUCCUCACAUCUGCCACUGACCCUCAUCGCUGAGGAUCCAAUGGCAGGAUUACUUGCUUUGGUGACAGCCAGCGAGAUGCCUCAGGCAAGCCCCAUCACUUCCAGGCCUCCACCUGCCCUGACACUUUUAGCCCAGACGGAAAGCCCUUUCCUGGAGAGGGGUGGCUGUGCCGAGCCUCUGGAAGUUUUGGCUUUGGAAGGGAUGGCCCUGCUCAGCCACAUGGCCCAGCUGGAGAUGGACCGCAUCGGCCAGGAGCAAAACAUAGCGCUGGGUGGUCUGGAUUGUCUUCUGGAAGCAAGCAGGCAGAUCCUGUUGGAAGCCAUAGAGAAACAGUCCCACAUCGACCUGCCCAGACACCUGGACCCCAGCAAGAAAUACAGCUGGAGACAGAGGAAGGAGGAGCCAUUUUACAGUAAAGUGUCUAUGGAUGUGUUGGAUGCAGUGGAGGUAGACUAUCGUGUUCGUCUAGCUGAGCUUCAGAAGACUUACAAGAACAAGCAGAGAGAGCUGAGCAAACUGCAGAGACGCAGAGACAGGCAUGAGCGGCAGCAGGAGGAUGAGAGGCGGAGUUUGACAAGACGGGGGCGGGGCAGACCAAGGAAGAGGAAACACUCGGCCACGCCCAUUAAACUGGAUGGCAGGCCUGGAAAGCUGGGUAGGACAGUGCAGUACUCUGAGGACUCUGAGGCUGGGGAAGGGCAGAGGAAAAGGUUCCGGCUAUCCAGAGAAGAGGAAGAACUGGAAGGAGUAAGUGGGGGAGUGAAGAUGAUGAAGAAGAAGAAAAAGAAGAAGAAGAAGACUUGGAAUGACCAAGAGCCAUCCACCAGUCAUGCUUUUGAGGUGUUGAAGGCGAAGCGUGGCCGUGUGUGUGAGCAAGAACAGCUAGCCUCAGACCUCAACAGAGCUCUUUCGCUCUCGCAUCUGGGCACACUCAGUACGUCCCGUAAAUUCACCUCUGACCAAAAGGUGGAACGGUCGAAGGGCAAGUGUGUGGAAGGUCAGGGGAAGGAGCGAGUCAUCCACUCCUCAAACACCAAAGGAGUGAAACACAAGACGGCUACCAAGGCACCAACCUCGGAGACCAGCCAAAAGAUGAAAGGUCAGAAGAAGGUUUCUGCAUUCUCUCCCAUGAGAUCAGAGCUUAGCAGCUGCUCAAACAACUCUGACUCUGAAGAGGAAGACUCUGCACGAGGGGGCUGGCCCCCUCUCUCAGGAACACGUUCUCAUGGCAAGCUGACUAGGAAGAGGCGCUCUGCGUCAUCACCGACUACCCUACUGUCCAAUCAGAAGUCUCAGAAGAAGAAACACAAGCACUUAUCCCUGCUGCUCGAGGAGGCGGGCCUUAGCUCCUCUGACGACUCCUUCGACCAAGAAACUUCGGAGGAAGAUGAGGAGGAGGAGGAGGAAGAAGAGUCGGAGUCAGAGGGCAGUGACUGUGAGGAGAGUGGAUUGGGAUUGCUUGCGAGGUUUGCAGCGAGUGCCCUCCCUGUGAAAUCCACUCCGUUGACCCUUCUCCAUGACAGCAAGCCCCACAGCAGGCAAAGCACUCUGGGGUCAUCGGAGUGCGAGUGGUCGGACUCUGGUUCUGACCUAAGGCUGAGGAAGUACCCCUCCUUGCUGCAUGGCAAACGCUCUGCCCCAGAACUCCCCCUGUUGCCCCCCGCGAGCCGGCGGGUAGACCAGUCCAGCCCCACCAAGCGAGACGAACCCCAGCCAGUCAAACGUAAACCUCUGUCCAAGCCGUGCUCCCUGUCCCGUUCGCCGCGGCGAUUGAGCUUUGACCUCGGCACCAGCUCCGGGUUCGGAGGAUUUAGCGAGGAGGAAGGGUGGAAUCGGCGGCGCAGCGAGAGGAUUUUCCUUCAUGACGCCACCGCCUCGGCCAAUCAGAGCUCCCCGCCGGCCUCCUCCUCCACCAGUCAGAGCUCCCCCUCCGGCUCUUCCCAGCCGCUUACCCCAAAGCCUGUCUCCAGACCCAAAACCACUCCACACAGCAGGGAGGGAAAAGACCUGGUGAAAAAAAAGAAGCUGAAGGACUCUCCUCUGCCUCUGAGCCCGCCCACUUUAUCUAGUCCAAUCACAGACAGCCCUGUGGCUCUAAGUCUCAGCCCGGCACGUAAGAGCCAAUCCAAAACCAAGGCCAAGCCCAGAGAGCCAUCAAGGGGAGCAGUGAGCCGGCUGAUGGAGAGUAUGGCGGCAGAUGAAGACUUCGAGCCCAAUCAGGAUAGCAGCUUCAGUGAAGAUGAGCUCCUCCCGCCGCGCAGCAGCAGCCUUUCAGAGCGCUCCUCCACACCUGCUCCGGUGCAGUGUGUGUUGGAUAAGGACUCUCUGGUAGAUGGACUCAGGGUUUUGAUACCCAUGGAUGACCAACUACUGUAUGCUGGGCAUGUCAACACUGUACACUCCCCUGACAUAUACAGCGUGGUGGUGGAGGGGGAGAGAGGUAACCGUCCGCACAUCUACUGCCUAGAACAACUUCUGCAAGAAGCUAUCAUUGACGUGAAGCCCCCGUCAGCGCGCUAUCUCCCUGAGGGCUGCCGCAUCGCCGCCUACUGGAGCCAGCAGUACCGCUGUCUUUAUCCUGGCACCGUUGUUAAUGGAAGUUCAGACUUUGACGAAAAUGACGACCUCAUCACGGUGGAGUUUGACGAUGGAGACACGGGACGCAUCCCCCUCUCCCACAUCCGACUGCUUCCCCCGGACUACAAGAUCCACUGUGCUGAGCCCUCCCCUGCGCUGCUGGUGGCCAGCUGCUCCAGGAGGCGCGUGAGGAAAUGCAGCAAAGAGGGUAAAGAAGCGGGGCCGAAACCAGAAGAGGGCGCUCCUAAGAUCAAAGCCAAGCCUGGCCGUAAGCCCAAACCCAAACUGGAAUCCUCAAUGAACCCUGAUGGCCGGGAUAAAGUGGAUCCUCCAUCAACAUCUACCCAGCCCUCUGAGAGAUCGCAGUCUUCGGGCAAACCUACCCAGGAUAGGCCCUCCUCAGCUCAGAAGGCGGGUCAGGAAAGAGCCCUGCCUGCAUCUAAGCCGGCACCCAUAACUCAGACAAAACCCGGACGAAAGAGCUCCACAACCAGCGCCGCCGCUGCUAGCAGCCCAAAUCUCCCACCCAACCCAGUGUCCAGGAAGCCCAGCUCAGCCCAACUUCCUCCACCUAAACCUGCCCGAUCUCUCCCUCCAUCACUCUAUCCCUCCACCUACGGAAAGGUUCUGACCGUGGAUCUGUACAGCGAACCUAACCUCACCCCUUACAAUGGCCAGCGCAGAGAAAGGGACAGUAACAGUAGCAGCGGAGGUCUCAGCAGUACCAUCAGUCCCACCACCAACAGACCAAUAUCCAGACUUAAUACAGGAGUGUUAUCUACCACUACCAAACCCAGUGCUACGUCAACCCCAAGAUCCUCUUCUUCGACCACGGCUAAAAGCAAACCCAGUCUGGACCAUCACAGUAGCUCCAAAUCCAAUCUCAGCUCUGGACUCUUACCCAACCAGAAUGCUAGGCUGACCAGUUCAUCCAUGGGCAAAACCAAAACCUCACUGACUCCAAGACCUUCAUCAUCCUCAUCCUCUUCUUCAUUUUCAUCAAACAACCAUCGACCCAAGCCAAAGAUUACAUCUACUCCGCUAUCCUCCAGCUCCAGGCCGAGACCCAGCCCGGGACCAAGCCCGAUGUCCAGACCCAAACCUCGGUCAGGGCAGGGUGACAAUCUAGGGAUGAGGAGGAAGUCUUUGUCAGCAGAGCCCUUGGUGAAACUGGACCACGAAGGUGUGACCUCGCCCAAGACAAAGAAGACGAAGGCUCUGAUGCUGCUGGAGGGGCGGGGCAUCCGGCGAGACCACACUCCUAUUGCCAUAACCACAGCCAAUCAGAAGCCACUGAAGGCCAAGGGCAGAGCUCCAGAGAGAGACGUCGGACUUCCGGAGAAGGAUGUCACUUACAAGACACCAGCGCUAGGCAAGGAGAAGGAAGGCAGCCACCGAGUUACAGGUAGAGGACAGGAGAGGGACAAGGAAGAUGUGAAGGGAGAAAAAGAGGAGAGAAAGGCAGAGAAGAGAGAGGAGAGGAAAGUGAAAGAGGAGUCUCAGAGUAGCAGCAGCUCUGACUCGGAGGAAGAAGGAGACAAAGGAAACAUGAAGAAGAAGAAAUGCACCUCCAGCUGUUCGUCUUCCAGCUCAUCAUCGUCUGGCUCUUCGUCCUCCUCCUCGUCAUCCUCCUCCUCUUCCUCAUCUUCAUCAACCGAUGACUCCUCCUGCAGCUCAGACGAGGAGCGGACCCCAACACCUCCCCCAGCCCCUGCCUCCCCGCCUCCCAUGCAGGACAAGGAGAAAGAACACAAGAAAGAAGACGAAGAGGAAGUAAAGAAGGAGGUCGAGGUAAAAGUCGAGAAGGAGGAGCCAUCUCCCCCUUCUCCAUCUCCCUCUCCUCCUACCUCCCCAAACCCGACUGCCCCUGCUACGACCAAGCCUGCUAAACCUGCCACUGGAAAGGGCUCCGGGCAGAGAGGUCGCCCUCCGAAGCCAAAGCCCAGCGGAGGUGAGGGGAAAGUGGGGAGACCUAAGCGGAGAGAAGGUGUUCACCUUCCCACCACCAAGGAGCUGGCCAAACGCCAGAGACUUCCCAGUGUGGAGAACAGACCCAAAAUUUCUGCCUUCCUGCCAGCCAGACAGCUCUGGAAGUGGUUUGGAAAACCCACACAGCGGCGUGGAAUGAAGGGCAAAGCGAAGAAGCUCUUCUACAAGGCCAUCGUGCGUGGCCGGGAGAUGAUCCGUAUCGGCGACUGUGCCGUUUUCCUGUCCGCGGGCCGGCCCAACCUGCCCUUCAUAGGCCGGAUCCAGAGUAUGUGGGAGUCCUGGGGCAGCAAUAUGGUGGUACGAGUCAACUGGUUCUACCACCCGGAGGAGACCAGCCCCGGCAAGAAGCUCACUGACAAGAAGAACUGGGAUCAGAUGUGUGGUCAGUCAUUACCUGCCGCUCUACACUGCUCGAUCCAGAGAAAAGACUUCAUGGAGCGUGCACUGUACCAGUCAUCCCACAGCGAUGAGAACGACGUGCAGACAGUCAGCCAUAAAUGCCUGGUGGUGAGCGUGGAGGAGUACGAGCAGAUGACCCACACACGCCGCUACGCUGACAGUGAAGACCUCUACUACCUGGCUGGCACGUAUGAACCCACCACUGGGAUGAUCUUCAACACAGAUGGUGUGCCGGUCAUCUGCUGAGCUCGCCGCACGGACGCUGAUGCGCACCACAGACACGACAAAACAGACUAGGUGUUAUUGGAGGGUCCGGUUUUGACCCGCGCGGAUGAGACCUCCCCAUACGAGCUGGACGAACAAAAACACAGCCCUUGGGUCUGUGUAGUCGACAAGCAUAAUGCAAUUUUCACUGAAGUUGGAUCAUUUACAGUCUUGGCGUAAUUAACUCGAUACUCCCAACGCCAUGAUACCGUGACCAUGAUACAGUUAGGCUUUCAUGAAUUCUCCCAUUGAACGGUCACCGCAGUGGUGGGAGACAGCACAGACGAUGUUAAGAGUCUCUUAAAACACACACACACACGCUGCAGUCUGACACCAGUCACACCCAUCAGUUUACUCACCAGUGCUCAUUAGAAAAGGAGAUUCUCGGCAAGGUGAAUGGGUUUGGUUUUGAGGACACCUCCGACGACUUCACUCCCCCCUCCUUGUUGAUGUAAAUAUGACACAUGCACACCGAAAUGCACACACUCGCACUCAGACACUUGUAAAUACCCCCCAUGUAAUACACACACACACACACACACACACACACACACACACACACACACACACACACACACAGGUCUAUAUAGAUGAACACACAGGUGUUUUAUUUUCAUGUAAUAGAUUUAUGUGAGAGUCGUUUUUUGCUAAAGAGGUAAAAGAAAAGAAGCUUUAAUGAACUGUGAACGGUCGUAAAAAGAGAGUGGGGGUGUCUGUCUGUCCAUCCGUACCCUUCCGCAGGACAGACAGGCACGCCGCAGUCGUAUGAUGUUGUGAAUGUGAUGUUGCCGUGGUGAUGUUACAGUCAUGUUACAGUUAUAUUAAUGUAUCUACAGAACAGCAGGAGACAGACACAAAGAAGAGAAGAGAAGAGAGGGAGAUGAAGAAAGAAAGAGAGGGAGAGAAAGAAUCCUUCCAUUGCGAUCCAACAGAGAGCACUUAAACACUUAAACUCUCCCUGCCCCCCCCCCAAACCCUAAAUACCCCUCGACAAUCCUAACUCAGGCAGACAACCUGUCCGUGUGCUACUUAACACUCUGUCUCCCUCGAAGACUCAGGCUAAAGAGAGAGGAACGGAUCCUGUAUUUCUCUAAACGAGCACUUCCUGUUUUCAUCUUUAUGUUCUUUACCUUGAAGCUGUGUUCUCUGCCGCAAACAUUGCAGCCAUUUUUAAGAUGCAUCGGUGUCCAAUGGUGCCCUCCGGCCAUGUCGUCACAGUGAGUGACGACACGGAUCGGAUUAAAUCAAGAUGUACGGGUAAUAAUCAGCAGACAAGGUGGCGCCACGAGUCCCAGUGCCCACCGAGCCGUUGUGAGAUCAGACUUCGGUGACUGCAAUGUCUGUCGCAUGGAACGCAUUUGGUGUCCUGUGUCGUUGCCCCCCCCACCACCUUUGUACAAAUGUCCACCUUUCUUUACCCCCUUUGACCCCCGUCUCGCCUCAAAGAAAUCAGUUCUGUCACUGACAUGAGCGCCCUGUGAAUACCCCCUCCCCACAUCACUGACUUAGAUGCAAAAGAGAGCCAGCGAAGCACACACGCUGCUGUAUUGUCAGCUUUGUACUCACCGAGACUUCAGAUAACCUCACUUCUUCCUUUCCUGCUUUCACCUGAGCGCCGCAACAAAGUGAACAAGUCCGCUCAAUACACAUCUCAUGAGCUGUUUAUUUCAUCUCUCAUCUUUACCAGGGUCUCCUUUAAUUAUUUGAUCAGAUGAUUAUACAUGGGCGGCACGGUGGCACAGUGGUUAGCGCGGUCGCCUCACAGCAAGAAGGUCCUGGGUUCGAGCCCUGGGGUAGUCCAAACUUGGGGGGGGGGGGGGUCGUCCUGGGUCAUCCUGUAUGGAGUUUGCAUGUUCUCCCCGUGGGUUUCCUCCAGGUGCUCCGGUUUCCUCCCACAGUCCAAAGACAUGUAGGUCGGGUGAAUCGGCCGUACUAAAUUGCCCUUAGGUGUGAAUGUGUCAGCCCUGGGAUGGCCUGGCGGCCUGUCUGGGGUGUCCCCCCCCCCCCCGCCUGCCGCCCAGUGACUGCUGGGUUAGGCUCCAGCAUCCCGUGACCCCGGUUGGGAUAAGUGGCUUGGAUAAUGGAUGGAUGGAUCAUUAUAAAUACUUAACCGAUAUGUCAGCAGAGAUAAUAAUGUACAGCCAUGUCGAUAGGUUGAAUUCAGCGAGCUAAAUAGAAACAUGUUUUCAAAUCGAGUCGGCUCCUAGAAGCAGUGCAUUGUGGGAUGUUCAAGUACAUCGACUGGCUUUUGCAGCAGACUCUGAAGCUCAUGCCUUUGUUGCACAUAUUCAGGCGUUUUUUCGCAUGCACAAAUUUAACAUGCUUACAAUUAUCGUUUUGUGUCACGCUCGACGUGUUGAACGUGUGCAGUUUGGAAAACAACCCCCCGGGAGUCUUUCUAGUGUACUGAGUUACCACCACCACCCCGUUUUCGCUGCCUCUCUUCUGCACCUUACGCCCAAUGAUGACUUUUGCCCUUGCACACACAAACACCUGUAGAUGAUAUAUAUGUACCACAUCACUUUUGGCUAUCUUGGCUGCUUUCUAAUGUUUGGAUUUAUGUGCCUAAUUUGAUUUUAUUUGAUUUUAUUUUUUUUGGUGGGAGACUGUUGAAUGUUGUGCUCAGGGUUGUGAGCAUUGGGGUGGCCUUACUCUCCCAGGCCUUAUCAUAACGAUUCGCCAAAUCCCACUUAGAUACUACCCCCCCCCACCCGCCACUUUCCCCGGGUCUGAUUGGUGCUUGCCCCGCCUGUAAGGCAGUGCCAUCAUCUGAUUGGUGUUUCAGAUAUUUGGGAUAUGCCUUCCUUCCUUUCUGAUGUGUACUUUACCCAGCUCUGUGUUUCUGAGCUCUGUACCCUACGUAGUUACACUAUUGUGUACAAAGUGUUUAUCAGAUAUAUCGAUAUCUUGCUAUAUAUCUGUGAUUAUCAUGUUUAUUUUCUUGUUUGUCUCAUACCAUGUUGCCCUGUCUCUGUUUCCUGCAGAGACUGAAGAUUGUCUUGUUGAUAUUCAAUAGGUUUUAUAUUUUCUACUCUCUUGAGAUCAUUUGGUCUUGUCUGGAUAUGUCCAAUUAUAUUAGGUUCUAUUGUAUUUCUACUCACUCUGAGAUUGUACGAUGUUUGGAGGAGGGUCCUUAUAUUGACACCUGGGCAACACUUUCCAGUUAUGAAAAGAAAAGUACGGCAGUUUUUAAGUGUCAUCUGUCACAAUAGCAUAUAUUUUGAUAGUCUAGACUUAGUCGGCACCCACAAGUCAAAGCUCACGCGCUGCUAGUCUGGAUUGGGAGUCCACCCAAAGUGGUCUAGGCAGGUACAGAGUGACUCUCUAUGGUCGGUUUUCUGAAAUCGUGAAGACCAAGCAGAUUUUGUUUGUUUGUUUGUUUGUUUGUUUUCUGGACUAAAACCAUAUCUGCUAAAGCCCCCCCCACCCCACCCCCCAAUCCUCUCUUAGCUGCUGCUGUCGUGUUAGUUCCCCUGGGCCGCGAGCCCUCGACCGGAGACCCCCACCCCCCGCCUGUCACUCACACCGUUUUCUAAACAAUCCCACAUUGACAAUCAGUGCAUGAUUGGCUAGAAAAGCCUGAGUGACAGGCGUACAAAAUGGAUGUCUUUCUGGAUGGGGUCUCGGUCCCGGAGCUUUCUGGAUGGGAUCUCGGUCCUGGAGCUUUAAUGGAUAUACAGGUUUUAUUGGUGUUUGCAGAGUGAACAAGUUAAAGUGCCCGUUAUGAAUGUUUGUUUACCCCUGGAGCUGCUCAUGCACUUUCUUAUGUGUGUGUGUGUAUGAAAGAGAAAGGCGGAUAAGAGAUCACACACUUAUCCCCCUGGUAUAGCCACACACACACACACACACGCACACAAGCACACAUGCGCGCGCACAUUACUAUCCUGUUAAAGGGUGUGAUAUUGCCUUCCAGUCUCUAUUACCCCCCCCACGCCCCCUUUCUCCGUCCGAAGCCCAGCCUUAGGCCUUUGUACAGGGUCCAACACACAAGCGUGCACAUAAACACAAUCCUCCAUGCUUAUUACCCACUCUCCCUUUAUUUUCAUUAGGUGUCAUAUAUUUUGAAAGCCCGACUUGGUUUAUAUAUACGUUUCAAUUCCGUUUGUCAUGUUUUACACGUUUGGCUUGUAAAUGUUGACGCUGUUCCAUUUUAUCUAGAAUUUUUCGUUCGUUUGUUUUUGUGUGUGUGUGCGUUUUUGAUUUUUUUGUUUUGUUUUGCAUGUCACUGUCACUGUUUUUCUUAUUUUUAAAAUUUCCUUUCCAGUUCAAACAUUUUCCUUGCUUCCCCUCUCUGAACAAUCGUCCAUGCCUCUCAGGCAAUACUGCUGUCGGGCAUUGGGAGCUAGCUGCUAGCGAGAGAGGACCUGGGAGAGAUGGAUAUAGAGAGAAUGGGAGAUAGAGAGAGAGCGAGAGAGAGAGAGAGAGAGGUGGACUGGAGGCUGGUUCUUCGUCUGCUGUUUCUUCAGUAUCGUUAUUGUCCUGUUACAGAAAAAAAAAGAUUAUUUUGAAAAUAAAUUGAAAAAUCAUCUAAGUUUUGUAAAUGAUCCUUCACUAGGGAGGAGGGGGAAAGCUAUCAGAUUAUACUUUGUACACAUGUCUAAUCUUGUAAAAAAUGCAAAAAAUAUUACGUUUUAGAGGUGGAGCUGAAACCAGAUAUAUUCUGUGGCCCUAUACUGUAUGUGUAAGGAACUGUUUUUCUUUUUCUUUUCUU